AUGGAUAAUAAAUCAAAAAAAUUGAUUUCCAAAGACACAAUAUUCGUUGACAGUGUUAAUAAAAACACAAACAUCAACAUUGAUAUUGAUAUUGUAAAAGAACUACUAAACAACUUAUUAGACUUAAAAAGUUCCGGACAACCCGAUCAAUACGUAGUCGACGGCUUAAAAAAAUGGAUAAAAAACCAUACCAAUAGAGACAUAGAAACAAUAUUUAAACUCGUCGAACGUCAUCACGCAAAUAAUCCAGAAUUCGUAUAUCUACUUGGAUAUCUUAUCAAUUACGGAUUGGGAACAGAUGCAAACCCAGUUACCGCUUUUAAAUACUAUCAUAAAGUAGCUGAAAGAGGGAUAAAUUAUGGACAGGCACGAGUAGCUUGGUGCUUCUACCAAGGACUCGGUGUAGAGACUGAUUAUAUUAAAGCAUUUGAAUGGUACCAAAAAGCCUCAGAAAAUAGUCAUCUAUGUUCGCAAUUUAACUUGGGAUUAUUUUACAGUAACGGGAUCGGCACCGAGAAAAAUCUCGAGAUGGGAUUCAAAUGGUUCCAGAUUGCAGCAAAUCAAGGUGACGCACUUGCACAAGUUGAGCUUUCGAGAAUAUAUACAAAUGGUGAAGGGAUUAAGAGGGAUUAUCGAAAAGCGAAUUAUUGGAUGUGGAAGGCUGCCGAUACUCAUGUUCUUGAUUUAAAGAAUGAUUGUUUCUUCUAUUUGGCUUCGUAUGCGGCUAAUGGAGUGGGUGUAAAAAGAGAUUUACAUCAGUCUUUUCGAUUAUAUCAACGUGCUCUAAAUAAUGGAUGUUUAUGGAGUUAUUUGAGAAGCCGGAAACAGAGCGUCACAUAUGAAAAUUCAGAAAAAGAAGUGCCCAUUGUUCUAGUGUUUCGGCAUUGGAUUGCUGGUAAAGCCCGGCGAGAACUUCACUUUGGAACUUUGUCAUUUAUACUUCUAAUGGAAAAGAUAUUUUGUGGAAAAUUCAAGAUUAUUCAAAUCAAAAGUCAUGCAGUCAUAUUUCUUGCACAACAAAUUGAAAUGGUUCUCAAUGAUAUUGGCAUUGAAUGCUUUGCAGCAAUAGUAACGGAUGCUGGUGCAAAUAUCGAUAUCAAUUUGGCACGACAGAUCAUCUUUGUAAAUUUUCACACAUUUUCAGCAUCCGAUCCCUUUUCUGAAGAGGUAUUUUGGAAGAGUAUUUUGGAAGAGUAUUUUGGAAGAGUAUUUUGGAAGAGUAUUUUGGAAGAGAAGAUUAAAAGUAAUAUUAAAGAAGAACUCAAAACAUAUCUUGAAACCCGUUGGACUACAGCAUAUAAUAUGCUUUCUUCAAUUUAUCAUUUGGAACCUUGUUUAAAAGCGACAUGCGAUAUCCAACCUCCAUAUUCUCUAUAUCGCCUCAAGCAGCAAGUUGUGAACGGGUUUGGUCAGUCUGUGGCUGGAUUUAUGGGAAAUGACGUAUAUGCUUAUUACGUAGUCGAAAACGAUGAACCAGUUGAAAAAAUUAUAAGAGAAGCGGACCUUUUUGAUGAAGAUGAAAUUGAUAUUGAUCAAAAGUUGAAUGCAUUCUGGUGGAGUCGGUUGGACUUGAUGUAUUUUGAACAAGAGGAGAAUUAUGAUACAGCUGAAUUAGUCGGAGCAUUGUAG